AUGAGCCUUCCCGCUAGGCCCUACAGCCUGCCUGGACAAGCCGUUUUUGCUGCGGCACUGUUUGCUGCUGCUGAAAUGCUCCCUGCUGUCCUUUGCGCCAUCCCACUGCAGCAGGAGGAGGAAAGGCAUCCAGCAGAUUCAGGUUUGCAUAGCUUCUCUUCUGUGGGCGAUCCCGGGCUCCGAACAGACAAUCGGGGUGCCCGUAAACGGGCAGACACGAAGGAUGAUAAAGAAGAUCAUGAAACUCGCAAGAGGAGGCCCCACUCAUCACUUCGGUAUAGAACAGCAAGUAGAACAGCGGCAGCAGCGCGAGACAGGUCGACAGCUUCGCCUUCUCUUAGGCGGCGACCGGAGGCAGCACCAGCAACAACUUCUGCCUUAUCCCGGGUAGGAAGAUCAGCAACAACGGCUGAAAGAGCAGGGGAAGAGGGAGGAGCAUCAGAGGAGUUUAAAGAAAAAAAUUUGUUUUUGGCUGACGUUGCUGCGGAGGCCCCAGAUGUUCCACUGCUGGAGUUGUUGAAUAAGAUUGAGGGUGGUAAGCAAGAUAGUGUUGCUGCUGCCGUAGGACGUGGAUCCUUGCGGGCGUAUGCAAGCCUGAAACCGCUGAUGGACGUUGCAGCACAGCGACAGCAUCAGCUACAGCAAGAGCAACUGUUCAAAACCUCUCAAAUGCGCAAGGAGCGGCUCGAAAGAAUCCAGGAGGCUCAGAGACAAAGAGCAGCAGCUGCUUUGCGGCAGCAGCAGAAGCUGGCUCUCCAAAGAGAACGCCACAGACAGGCUCAAAAGGAGAGACAGUCACGUGCCGCUGAGGCCAGGAAAGAGGCAGCUAGGAAGUUUGAACCACAAAGAGCGCAGGGUGAGCGGGAGUGGGGAGCCAGGUGGGCUACUUUGCGGCAAGAGAGCAACCAAAGGGCAUCUACUUAUCGCGAGCGCCAGAACCCAGUGAUGGAGCUGCAACAUUUUGAGAGGGAGGAAACAAGGGAGUCCGCACAGAGACCCCUGCAAGGCUGGGGACUGGAUUUCUCCGAAGAGGACACCGCGAGCGAGCAAAAGGAACGAGAACUGCCAGUGCCAACAGUAUUGCAGUCCGACGUGCUUACACAAGGGCAGCAACUGUUGCAACACGAAUGGAAGAUGCAGCAACGGCGGGCUGCAUCUGCUGCACACUUUGCAACAGCACAGUUUUGCAUACACCAAUAG